AUGUCCACAAACGAUAAUGUUCUUCACGCCGUCGCAGGCGCUGGUGGUGGAGUCCUCUCCAUGGUCCUCACCUACCCACUAAUCACCCUCUCCACCCGCUCCCAAGUCGAGUCCAAGCGCGCCCAGUCCUCCGUCCCCGACGCCGUCCGCCGCAUCAUCCAGCGCGAAGGCAUCUCGGGCCUCUAUGCCGGCCUCGACAGCGCCGUCUUCGGCAUCUCCGUCACAAACUUUGUCUACUACUACUGGUACGAAUGGUCACGCUCGGCCUUCGAGAAGGCCGCGCUAGCGUCUAAAUCCCCCCGCCGCAACAAGCUCUCCACCCUCGAAUCCAUGAUGGCCGGCGCGCUCGCCGGCUCCGCCACCGUCCUCCUCACAAACCCCAUCUGGGUCGUCAACACGCGCAUGACGGCACGCAAGCGCUCCCCCAGCACCGGCUCCACCAGCAGCACCGUCUCCACCACCAGCACCCUCCCCACGCUCCAAGACCCGACGGGCGCCGUGAGCGCGCCCGCAAAGGCGCCGAGCACGCUCGGCACAAUCAAGGACCUGUACAGCGAGGGCGGCAUCCGCGCCUUCUUCAAGGGCGUGCUGCCGGCGCUGGUGCUCGUCAUGAACCCCAUCCUGCAGUACACCAUCUACGAGCAGCUCAAGAACGUGCUUGAGCGGCGGCGCAAGCGGAGCGUGACGCCGCAGGACGCGUUUGUGCUGGGGGCGCUCGGGAAGCUGGUGGCGACGGCGCUGACGUAUCCGUAUAUCACGGUUAAGAGCAGGAUGCAUGUUGCGGCGAAGGGCGAGAAGAAGGCGGGGGGGCUGUUGGGCGGGAUUAGGAGCAUUGUGAAGGAGGAGGGGUGGACGGGGUUGUAUAAUGGGAUUGGGCCGAAGUUGGUGCAGAGCGUGCUCACGGCGGCGUUUUUGUUCGCGUUUAAGGAUGCGCUGUUUAUGGCCACCCAGACCGCGCUGGCAAACAGGCGGGCACAGCUUAAGCUCAAGGCCAAAUAG